CAGGGGCGUUUAGCUCGCCGAACUUUCCGCAUAACUACGACAGCGACCUGCGGUGCAACUGGACAAUCGCUAUCGGUGUGCCGGUGUCGUCAGUAGUGCUGACCUUCGACACCUUUAAACUGGAGUAUGAGCCCAACUGUGAGUACGACUACGUGGAAGUGUGGGAGAGGCGUCUGGAGGAGGAACAUCUACUGGGAAGGUUUUGCGGGAACAAUGAAACCCAAGACAACUUUCCCCCGGCACAAGUCCGCUCCGAGUCCCGCCAGUUUACAGUCAUGUUACCGCAGUGACGCAUGGGUGACGUCAGGUGGCUUUCAAUGCCAGUUAUGUCAGCAAUGCAAGCGGGGAUGUGACAUGUGAUCAGUAUGAGUUUCGCUGUUCAGACGGUUCAGAAUGCGUCCCCAUAGUUCUGUCCUGUAACGGCCGCAAGGACUGCUGGGACGGUAGUGACGAAAGCGGCUGUGAGUGCCAGACUAUCCCGGACGCACACAGUUUCUGCAAAGGUGAAAUAACGUACGAUCGCACGACUAGCAGAAACCUCCUGGGCUCAAAUAUCCCACCGCAGGUUUUGGAAGGCAUUAUUCACCACAUACAAGCCCAGGCGGGGACGUGUCAUCCCGAUGCCUCUGCGUUCAUAUGCACCCUCUUGGCGCCAAAGUGCGAGAACAACAGAACGCGGCCUCCGUGCUACUCGUGGUGUCAGGAAGUGCAGGAGGCUAUUCUUCUCCCAAACUGCGCAGCCCGAGAGUGGUUCUCCCAACUUCAGUUCCCGUCUUGCGAUACGUUUCCUCACGAAGACUGCUACAAUGUUGAGGAACGCCAAAGUUGCUUUUACGGCAGAGGACAGAAUUACAGGGGAACUCAAGGCGUCACUGAGUCUGGACAGCAGUGUAUGGAAUGGCAAAGCGCACUACCGUUUGACACGUCCAUAGAGAGUGCAAUCCGUCCCUACAACCUGGAGAAAAACUACUGCAGAAAUCCUUACAACUCCGACAGACCCUGGUGCUAUGUUUUAAAAGAUACCUUUGUGGACGUCACCUCAAAGUUUUGCAACAUAUCUACCUGCGAAGGAGAUCACCUGUUCAACUGUGGAGUCAAGUAUACAAACACCAGUGGGUGGUUUGCCAGCCCAGGUUUCCCCCAGGCGUACGGCAUAGCGAUGCAGUGCAAGUGGGAAAUAACUGUGGCCCAGACGUAUAUGAUUGAGAUAUCAUUCACCGACUUUGACCUCCAGCCUGGCUCUGACGGCGGAUGUCUGUACGACAAGGUAGAGAUGUUUGAUGGAGAUUGGCCUGACGGGAGCUUCACCUCCUUAGGAGUGUUUUGUGGUAGUGCUACGCCACCAACCAAACGAACAAGAAGUUAUAUCCUCACUGUGAAGAUGUCUACAGAUUAUGUGAAUAAUUCGCGAGGUUUCAAUGCCUCCUAUGUAUCUCUUACUCGAGAACCAGUAGGGUGUGCAGAAGGGACCUGGCUGUGUGCGGACCGAGCCAGCUGCGUUUUGGUCAAUCUUCUUUGUGACGGCAACCCUGACUGCUGGGACAGAAGCGAUGAACAAAACUGUGAGUGCCACCAGAUCCCGAAAGAAGUUAUAUUUUGCCCGCCGAGUAAUAUGCAGCCUUGGCCAACAAUAUUCCCCAACCUGUACAACCAUCAAAAUGUUACAGAGGUGUUACAAUCAAGGCAAUUAAGACAGAUAUUUGAUGAUGCUUCGGCGUUAACAAAAUACCCCUGUCACCUACAGGGCUGGUUCUACACAUGCUACAGCUUCUUCCCGGUUUGUUCCGCCAGACGGCGCGUGCCCCCCUGCCGUUCAUGGUGCAUAGAGAUCCGCGAUAGGUGUCAGGAGGAUAUAAGUGCCGAGCUGCUGGAGCUAGUACCCUGUAACGACCUGCCUUCUGAAAACUGCUGGGAGGGAACUGACUUGACGGAGGCUAAAGAGUGUUACUACGGCAGUGGUCAAAACUACAGAGGAAGCAUAACCGACACAGUCAAAGGUAAACCCUGCAUCGGAUGGGAAAGUAGGACGUACGAACUAGACAAGUACCCGUGGGCGAACCUGGAGCAGAACUACUGCCGUAACCCUGACGGAGCGGAGCGGCCGUGGUGUUACGUGGGAGAAGAUGGUGAAUGGGACUACUGCAACAUCGAACCUUGUAGUGGUCGUGUUUGUCCUGACCGUGGCGUCCCCCGGAGAGUCAUCCCCCUGCACCAGGCCAAGGCCUACUACUGGCCGGGAGAGAAGGUGUCCUACAGCUGCGAGGACGGCUUCACUCUGGUGGGGCCGGCCAUUUCGGAGUGUCAAAGAGAUGCCAAGUGGGACCCCGAAGAAGUGCCGACUUGUAUAGUUGACGAGAGAACGCUGCUUCUGGGUGAAAAACUGAACAGAACCCUGUACAACCCCAACCUCCGCCCGAAUAGCGACAAAGUUAUCAUUACGGUGGAGGGCCUUGUCAGCAGUAUUGUCAAUGUCGACGAAACAAUACCGUCCAUCACCACGGACACCAGCUUUUACUUGCAUUGGAACGACCCUCGGCUAGACUGGGAGCCGUCAUCCUAUGGCGACCUGCAGCGUAUAGAGUUCCCCGCCAACAAUGUAUGGAGACCGAGUAUCCAGCUGUUGAGGAAUGCCAAUCCUGACUUCCGAGGUUUUCCUGACGUUAACGUGGCCAUCAAAGAGGACGGAGAGAUUACGUGGACAUUAGAAAAUCUGGUGGUGACUACGUGUGAUCUCAACCAAUACUUCUUCCCAUUUGACAAUAUGACGUGCCCGGUGUGUGUGCACGUGGGAGGAAAGUUCACGUCUGGUGACGAGCAGGGUGACGAGAUUCGCUGCCGAGAAGAGAACUCUACCGAGGGUGUGAUGAACUGCAGCGUUUCCCAGGCGGUACAGGGAGGAGAAUGGGUUGUAUUGGUCAAUAUGGAAGCCAGAGACAACCAGGCUUGUCUGAUGUUGCACCUCCGGAGGAAGCCGACCUAUCACUUGUGUACGACCGUCACACCGUUCAUUGUCCUGUCGCUGCUGAUGUGCGUCACGUUCUUCAUCCCUCCGGACAGCGGAGAUCGGCUCGGGUACGGCAUGACCAUCCUCCUGUCCAUGUUCGUCAACCUCGUGGUCAUCACAGACUUCCUACCGCGGUCCGGGAACAUCCCGUUCAUCGGUAUCGUGAAUAUAGUAGCCAUCGUCAUGAUGAGUUUCUUCAUGCUGGUGACGACUUGGGUGGUGAGGCUGUCCCGUAGAGAGACGGAGAUGUCUCAGUGUACCAAAGUCUUCUUCCUGGCGGGCUGCGCACGCCUAGUGCUGCUCGGCGAUAUGAGAAGGGCUUCAGAAGAGGACAAGUCGUCCAACAUGGAUGGGGUCACUUUGAUCAACAGCAGAGUGGUUCCUGAAUCGGACCGGCUGGACGACGGCGAAGCACCUGGCGGCAGUCCUGAAGCCGACGUUGUCACCGUGUUGAAAGGCCUGCAGGCCGUCAUGAAAAGCAACCAGCAGAGUCUGGAGGCCCUGAGAGAGAGCUUGGAAGGCUGGAAGAAAGGCGGACCGGGCUCCGAUGAUCGUGAGGCAGGAGAGAGCGACUGGGAGCGGCUGGCUCACGUCCUGGAUCGACUUUGUUUGAUCUUUUACCUCGGUGGGCUUAUCGCCUCCGUACCCAUUAUCUUUUACUAUGGGAACGGCCGCAUAGUAAUCUAGAGAAUGACACUACAUUUGUAUGUUAACGUUUGAGAAAGGAAUGAUACAUUUUUUGUUCUAACGAGGUAAAUUUGAUGUGAUUAUGGGUCGUGCAUAUUGGAGGGGACAAAUACGUGGGUACUUUGCGCAAAUAAAGCAAUGUGACAGUCAUAGAAUGGGGAACACUUAACAUGUGGUUACAGGCUUUGUGUAAGUUCGUAACAUGUUGUGAACUUGUGAUAAUGAUAUUGUUAUGCCUAAUCAUACAUGUGUAGCACACAGGUUCUCAGUAUAUAGCAUGCAAAAAUUUGUGUGUAAGUAUAUAAUGAUAUAUAACAAUGUGAUAUACAUGUAAUGGUAAAACAUCUAGUCAACAGGAAUGCGACUGGCCAAUUAAAUUGAUGUUACA